UUUGCAGACAGUAAUAUUCGGGUAGAAAAAAAUACCCGCAAAACUUUCACAAUCCACACUGUCACCUUCGCAUCCUCAUCGUUCCCCUCUCCAGAUCUAGGGUUUCUUCAACCUCCAAAUCCCCCAAUUCUCACAUAAACCUGUAACAAUUCCAUCAAUCUAGGGUUUCAAAUCACAAAUUCUCCAUCACUACACUAUUCCGCAUCACAUACUCAUCAGAUCUGUUCCAAUUUCAUCUCCGAAAAGCAAUUUGCUACUUCAUCUAGGGUUUUACAAUCAAUUUGAUCGAUCUGUUAAGUUGUUUACUAUACGAUGAGUAUGAAAUCGGUGCAAUCGUCGUCGUAUAGAGACCGUACACAGGAGUUUUCGAGCAUAACAGAGAGGCUGAGGAAGUCGGUGUCGUCGGCGAAUGCGGUGGCCGGAGUUAACAGUAGUGGGGGUGUUGCCGGUGGUGGAGCCAAGGGUGGUGGAUCGAGAUCGAGUGUAGCGUUUCAGUCGGAGUUUAAUAAGAGAGCUUCGAAGAUUGGGUAUGGUAUUCAUCAUACGUCGCAGAAGCUAGCAAAGCUUGCAAAAUUGGCAAAGAGGACAUCUGUUUUUGAUGAUCCAACUACGGAGAUUCAAGAACUGACAGCUGUCAUCAAGCAGGACAUUACUGCCCUUAAUUCAGCUGUGGUGGAUUUGCAGCUCAUUUGCAAUUCCCAAAAUGAAAGUGAAAAUGUUUCUAGUGACACAACCACCCAUUCAACAACGGUUGUUGACAAUCUGAAGAACCGUUUAAUGAGCACCACUAAGGAGUUUAAGGAUGUUCUUACCAUGCGGACAGAGAACUUGAAGGUUCAUGAAAAUAGAAGGCAGUUAUUUUCUGCAACUGCUUCUAAAGAACCCGCUAACCCAUUUGUCCGUCAGCGUCCUUUGGCUAAUAGAUCAACUGCUAGCUCAUCAAAUUCUCCUCCUCCAUGGGCUAGUGACUCUUCAAAUUCAUCUCCGUUGUUCCAAAGGAAGCAAGCUGACACUGAAUCUCAACCAUUGAUUCAACAACAAAACCAACAACAACAGAUGGUUCCCUUGCAAGAUAGUUACAUGCAGAGCCGAGCUGAGGCUCUUCACAAUGUCGAGUCAACUAUUCAUGAAUUAGGCAGCAUUUUCACACAAUUGGCAACCAUGGUUUCUCAACAAGGAGAGCUUGCAAUUAGGAUUGAUGAAAACAUGGAAGAUACUCUAGCAAAUGUAGAAGGUGCACAAGGACAACUAAUGAGGUACCUCAACAGUAUAUCGUCUAAUCGAUGGUUGAUGAUCAAAAUAUUCUUUGUAUUGAUCGUGUUCCUCAUGAUUUUUCUCUUUUUUGUUGCGUAAAGAUUUUUCAUUCGCAUUUUAUUGUCGGAAAAUAUAUAAUGCAAAAAACGAGCUGUUACUUAUAAAAUUUGUUGUUUUUAGUGUGUACAUACGCACCGAUGUUUUUAAAACCGGGCCAAUCGGCAUGGGAAAUGGUGUUUCAAUGUAGCCACUGAUUUAAUU